AUGUCAUCCAUCGUAAAACUAUUCGUCGUAUCCCCAGACACCCGCUCCGAGCGUCGUUUUGACCUCCACCUGACCAUCGAGCAGCUCAAGACAAAAUUAGAGCUUAUCACAGGCAUUCCCGUCCAGAACCAGAAAAUAUCGCUUCAUAAUGGCGAUGACGAUUCGCAGGUCGUCGCGCAGCUGGAUGAUGAUGCUAAGCCGCUUGGGUACUACAGCGUUCGGGAUUUCCAGACGAUCAAGGUCGCAGAUACGAAUCCUUCGACGUCGUUUACGGGUCAGCUCACCGAUGUAUCGCAAGUAGAGAAGUUCGAGCUCAGCGACGACGCAUACGCACAACGAACUGACUCUGUGUUGGCUUACAAGCAAAGACAUAAAGUAGGGCGCUUUGCGCCCCCUUCAAUAGAACCCACUCCUGAACCUACCGUAAACAUCCCCAUCGGGUCGCGCUGCGAAGUGGAUUCAACAGAGCCGGGCUUGCACAAGCGCGGUACAGUUCGGUUUGUUGGUCAGGCUGAGUUUGCUGUUGGGCUUUGGGUAGGCGUCGAGUAUGAUGAGCCAAUGGGCAAGAAUGAUGGGUCCCUCAAGGGAGUGCAAUAUUUCACAUGUCGCCCGAACUACGGGGUGUUUGUACGCCCUGCAAAGGUCACAGUCGGUGACUUCCCUGUGGAAGAGAUCAAUUUUGAUGACGAAGAGAUUUGA